CCCCAGAAGUUUAAUCAGCGAUUUUCGUGCUAGGAAAACAAAGGCGGGGAGGAAAUAUUCAUUCCAGCUCACCGGGCUUGGCUCGGCUCACCACCCACCGCAUCUCGAGCUCGCUUCACCUCACUCCCCAUCUUCUUCACUCCUCGAGUCGGUCAGUGCUGCGCUCCCGGCGGUCACGGCGAGAUGCGGAGGCAGAUCUCCCGCCUCGUCCUCCUCCUCCUCGUCGCGGUGGUGGCCGGGCUGCUCGCGCCGCAGGCCGCCGCGGUGGACGUGGAGGCGGUGCUCGCGCCGUUCCCCGACCUCAAGGGCUUCGCGCGGCUGCUCGCGUCCAGCCCCGUGGCGCGGGAGCUGGCGGGCCGGUCCUCCCUGACGCUGCUCGCCGUCCCGGACCGCUACCUCCCGCAGUCGCCGUCGGCGUUCGCGGCCGCCGCGGGGGCCGACCUCGCCGACGUGCUCCGCUACCACGUCCUCCUCGAGUACAUCUCGCCCGCGGACCUCCGCCGCCUCCCGGCCUACGGAAAGCUCGUCACCACGCUGUUCCAGACCACCGGCCGCGCCUCCGCCGACCUGGGCGCCGUCAACGUCACCUUCACCGGUCCAAACAACAGCCUCGGCGUCAUCCGCUCGCCGGCCCCGUUCCCGGCCUCGAACGCCACGGUCCUCGGCGCCGUCACCUCCGUCCCCUACAACCUGAGCGUGCUCGCGGUGAGCGGCCUCAUCGUGCCGUCCGGCUUCGACCUGGCGGCCUCCGACGCCCGCCCCACCGGCGCCGGCCCGGUGAACAUCACGCGGGUCCUCGCGGACGCGCGCGGCUUCAACGUGGCGGCGUCGAUGCUGGAGGCCUCGGGCGUGGCGGAGGAGUUCGAGGGCGACGAGCGCGGGGCGGGGAUCACGGUGUUCGUGCCCACCGACGAGGCCUUCGCGAGCGUGCCGGCGGGCGACCGGCUCCAGUCCCUCCCCGCGGACCGCAAGGCCGUGGUGCUCCGCUUCCACGUCCUCCACUCCUACUACCCGCUGGGGUCGCUGGAGUCCAUCGUCAACCCGCUCCAGCCCACGCUCGCCACCGAGUACGCCAGCCAGGCGGGCCGGUUCACCCUCAACAUCACCCGGUUCAACGGCUCCGUCGCCAUCGACACGGGCGUCGUGCAGGCCACCAUCACGCGCACGGUCUUCGACCAGAACCCCGUCGCCGUGUUCGCGGUCUCCAAGGUGCUGCUGCCCAAGGAGAUGUUCGCCCGGACGGGCCCGGGCGGCGACUCCGCCGUCGUCGCCGCCGCCGCCGGGACCCCGCCGCCCGCGUCGAUGCCGCCCCAGCCGGACGAGGGCGAGCGGACGCCGCCCACCAAGCUGUCCGCGCCGCCCGGGAACUACACCACGUCGCUGGCGGCGUCGUCCUCGUCGUCGGCGAAGACGAUCUGCUGGUCCUGUAUAGCGCUGUUGUAUCUAGUACUGCCAAUGCUGCUGCUGCUGCCUACGGUAUGAGAUCCGGCGGUUGGGUAGCUAGUCCAUUACUGCGAUCUUGUUGAGCUCAAUUCUUUUUUUGUUUUGCAUUUGGUUUUUGGUUCUUUGUUACUAGAAGAAUGGAAAAAAUAUGUACACUGCGAAUU